UCACGUGACCAGAAGCAGUUGAAUACGAUGUAGCAGCUGCAGAGUGGGAGAGGAGGAGGAAGAUGCCAGCGAUGUGAGUACACGAUACUUCAUCUCAGGACGCACAGGAUAGGAUGGAUCCGUUCCGACCUCGACAUCGAAGGCCCGAUAAAGCCUUGUACGUUCCAAAGGCUCGACGGCCAACAGCAGACAAUGGACCCGCCAGCACUGAAAACCCAUUGGGUGCCUCUUCAAGUAAGACCCCUAACCAGUACCAAUACAGGAAUGCCACUGAGAACUGGAAUCCCGCCGGCCGGGAGCACGGAGACCGCCAAGAUAGCAGGUUCUCCAGAUCGCCCGAUCCCAGGAAGCAGUCCGAGCAUGGAGCCCAAGGGACAGAAAAGGCUGAAAGUGAUUCAUUAUGCAAAGAAUUUAAUAGCCUAACCGUUAAGGAGAAGACGACGAGCUCGGUGGAAAGCCGCGUGUCCUCUUCGCACAUCGAUUCUUCUGCCGCGGUUAGUCGCUCAUCACACGAGACCAGACCUUUUCACGCCCGGGCCACCUCUGCCAGCCAUCCUCCCAGAAAACAGUACGACUUUAAAAGAAUUACGUCCGAGGAGACAUGGGCAGAAUGGGACAGGGUCAGAAGGAAAGCACAAGCCAAGCGAAAGUGCUCUUCUGGGAAACCGGAAUGCUGUGCAGGUCCUUUAAGAAGAAACGAGGACAGGUUUCCGCCAGACGUAGCCAGGUUAUCCAGCAGCGCAGAGCAGUGUGUAUGUCAUCAGGCCAAUUUAGGUUUACCGUCUAAUACUGUAGAGAACAGCUGGGAAUGCAAAGUAGAGAAUCUAGAAAGUGCGACCGUACGGCAAAGUGCCGGCGCAGACAGUGCGGAAGUAAUCUCUGUAGGUGACGCUACUAAAGCCCCAUCUGGACAGCUUACAGUCUUAGAAAGCAAUGCAGAUAACACUGUUAAUGCACCCCUGCAUGAAAAUGUUACAGAAAGAGAAUUCGAUCCUGCUCCUGUAAUAGGAGAGCACGUCUUAGAGGAGGAAGACACCGCCUCCGAGCCCAGCAGCGGCGCUGAAGAUGAGCCACCGGCUGAUCUAAAAGCAUGCCCAUCUGAGAGCGCCGGAGCUGGACUAGAUGGUGUGCAUACUUCUAUAUCGCCAGUGCUGCAAGGUGUAAGUGAAACGUAUGGGGAGCAGGAGGUUCAGGAGGUUGAUAUAUGUUCUUAUUUAGAUUCUUCAGAACUAGAGGAUAGGGGUGGCACCAUAGAUUUCGAAAGCAUCAUCGAGGUGGCAGAACCCAGUUUAGAUCAGCAAAGUAGUGAUGAGGGGGAGACUCUAGAAAUACAACCUGAUCCAGUAAUAGCGGUGCUACCUCAAGUAUCGUCGGAGGCUCUGGUGAUGUCCGAACCAGCCAGUCCAGAGCCCGAUACUAUAGCAGCGGACACAGAGGUCAUUGGUCCUGCACUGGCGAGCCUAGAUGCUGUAGAGAAGGCGCCCACCAUGGAAAGUGGGGACUCUUUACCAGCAGGGGUGAAGGUGGAGGCUCUUGAGGCACCUUCAAAGCAAGCAGAGCCUUGUCAGAAGGAAGGUCAUGCCGAGCCGGGUAUGUGCCCUGCUAGCGAGGUAGUCUUGGACUGUUCGGUUGACCUGAAGGAACGUAAUUCAUUGACUGGAACUGACUGUGAACUGGAAGGGCGUACAGACCAAUGUGUGGCCUCUUUGGAAACCACUGAUAAAGCGGCUCCAUGUGCAGCGAGUACCGCGGAAGAAGAGGGCUGGGAUUCUCUCUUUAAUGAUGACGGAGAGUGUGUUGACCCCCACCAUAACCAAGAGCUGACCUCGAGAGGAGGAGGAGGAGAAGGAGACAGCCCUAAGAAGUCCCGAUACAACUACUACGACUAUGAGCCUAAAGAGUCUGACAUGGAUGAUCUGGAGCUGUCACAUGUCAUCGAGAUCUACGACUUCCCUGCCGAAUUUAAGACCGAGGAUUUACUCCGCACCUUUGCCAGUUACCAGAAAAAAGGUUUUGACGUCAAGUGGGUUGAUGAUACUCACGCCCUCGGAGUGUUCGCCAGUCCUAUCACAGCUCGUGACGCGUUGUCCAGCAAGAACCCAUUGGUGAAGGUCAGACCAUUGUCCCAAGCCACCCGAGCCUCCAGGACUAAAGCUCGGACCUGUUCCGACUUUCUGCAGCCCGCUAAAGACCGCCCAGAAACGUCUGCGGUUCUUGCAAGGAGACUGGUGAUUAGUGCCUUGGGAGUACGAAGUACCCAGAGCAAAGCCGAAAGGGAGGCUGAGCGCAAGAAACUCAAGGAAGCCAGAGAGCGAAGGCAUCUUGAAGCAAAACAGCGGGAAGAUGCCUGGGAAGGAAGGUGAAGGCAGCAGCGUCUGAGCGCAGUGGGGGAGAGCGACAUGUCUCUGUAAUGUGGAGAAGCAGCGAGGACACUGGCUCCAGGUGACAAGCACCGGCGGUGACCUGUUUCUCAAAUCCCUCUGCUCGGCCGGCGGAGAAUAAAGAGUUUGUCUUACAGAACAGACGCUUGAAUUUGUGUCACGCACUUAAUGGUGGAGUCGGAAGGGGAAAGAUAAAUCUGCCGCAAUCGUUUUGGAAGGGGUUUGAUAAGAAAAAUGUUACAAUUUUGGGGAAACAUAAGCCUUUUGCGCAGAUAUUUUUGUGUUUUUAAUAAUGUGAUGCAUCUUAUUCCUGUCCUGUGAGCGAUCAGGGUUUGGAGUCUGACAACACUUCCUGUCCCUGUGCGGUUCGUUGUUGUCAUAGCCUCUUCCGGCCUCCUAGUAACCAACCUAAAUACGUAAACCCGUGUCUGCGUUGAUUACAUGUCCUGGUGCUUAUGAUAAUUAUGAACAGGAAGUUUUGACAUGGGGACAGAUGGCCUCAAUUUUAUCAUCUGUUAACUCUGCACAGGAAUAAAAUAUUUUUUAUUUAGUUUUCAUUAGUGCAAUCAAGGGGCAUAACCUCAAAAUAUUCUCAUUCUGCUGAAUGCACCCUUUCUGUCUGUUCUUCAUACCAAAAAAACAGAGCAGAACCAGCUUGGAGAAAAGGGGGGCCGUUCCCAAAAACGUCCUGUGUGAAUGUUUUCCUUCGUGCGGAGUUCUGUUCUCAUUGGCUUUUUAGGGUCUUUGUGCUCCUUCUCAACCAAUUAUCCUCCUACUGUUUUGUGUAUACAGCUCCUAUGCAGACCUAUGAGUCUUCAUGGUAACUACAAGCAGCCCUGGUGUAG